GACACGGAUUUGUUUUGUUUAUUUUCUGAAAUUGUUUAUUGGAUUACACUGAUUUCUGUCACGCUUUCGCUUGUCAUUACCGUCGCAAGAUGGCGACCGCGCGGUGUCAUGGCUGCCCUUCGCUGCUGUGAAACCACCACCGAAGAAGAAAAGGUGGGUGGGGUCGGGAGGGAGAGGCGGAGUCGACUGCAGAGGACGAGAUAAAGCGCGAGGGAGAAAGCUUUAAAAAUCGCCCCAAAAGACCACAAGAAAAUGUCACAAGACGAAUUUUGUCGAGCAAAAUUGCGGAACGAGACACAACGGCAACAACGCGACGGAGAUUCGUCCAUCCAAAGGAUCCAAGGCAUCCGGCAGCCGGCCGGUCUUCUGCCGCCCCGCGUGAAAGAGGAAGAGGAGGAUCCUCGGCCCCCCCACGUGAAUGGGGAAGAACAGGCUCCGCACCCCCCUUGGCAGGUUAAAGAAGAGGAGGAGGAGGAGGAGCCCGAACGCCUCCAUGUCAAAGAGGAGGAGCAGGAGUCUGACAUCAGCAGGUUCCCACCCAUCGGCGUCCCUUCGGAGAGCGGAGACGGCAAAGGCGAGCCGCAUGAGGGCUCGCGUCUUCGUCACGACGAAGGCCCACCGGCGCGCAACCUCCUGGCGCCGCUGUCGGACAGCGACGACGUGGACGACGGACCUUUGAGCGGCGCCGCCCACAGCGAAGGGCGCGGCAGACUGUCGACAGGCUCCGAAAAAGAGACGGCGCUCGGCAACAAGCCGAGGCCGCGACCGCGUCACAAAACGUUUCGUUGCUCGGUUUGUGCCAAACGUUUUGCCCAGAAGCAACACAUGACGACGCACAUGAGAACGCACACGGGAGAAAAACCCUUCACUUGCUCAACUUGCGGCAAAGCCUUCUCUCAGAAGCCACAUCUGGAAUUGCACCUGCGAACGCACACGGGAGAGAAACCCUUCACUUGCUCCUUUUGCGGGAAACCCUUCUCUCAAAAGGAGAAUAUGGAAUCGCACAUGAGAAUCCACACGGGAGAAAAACCCUACCGUUGCUCGGCCUGCGGUAAGGUCUUCUCUCAAAAGCCCUAUCUGGCGUCGCACCUGAGAACGCACACGGGAGAGAAACCCUUCCCUUGCCCUUUUUGCGCCAAGACCUUCUCUCGCAAGGAGCACGUGAAAUCCCACCUGAAAACGCACACGGGAGAGAAACCCUUCAGCUGCUCGCUGUGUGCCAAAACCUUCUCUCACAAGUCAAAUCUGGCGGCGCACGUGAGGAGACACGCUGCGGAGAAACCCCGGAGUUGUUCGCUCUGUCGUCAAACUUUCUCACAAAAGGAGCACCUGGACACACACGUGAGAGCGCACGCGGCGGACAAACCCUUUGGUUGCCUCCAGUGCGCUGAACGCUACACACUCCGGGCCAAUUUGACUGCGCACAUGCAAACGCACAGCAAAGGCAAAGAGCGCCACAGCAAGGGUGAGGGGGCGAAAGCGCUCCUAACAAAUAACUCGAGUAUGUCCAAAAGUGAACUUUGUCGACCAAGGCAGCAGCUCGAGCGACAACGGGCAACAAUUUCCUCCACUCAAAUUCCACAAGAUGUGCAGCAGCUGUUUGGUUGCCGAGAAGAACCCAAACCCCCUUGUGGGAAAAAUGAAGCGGAGGAAAAGGAGGAGGCCCAUGUCAAGAAGUUGGCGCUGAGCGUGGUGGUGGUGAAGACCGAAGACGAGAACGACAAAGCGGCCGAGUGGUCACAGCUUGGUGGCGGACCACCAGACGAGCUCUCGGCUCCACUGUGUCAUCGUGAUGAUGCACAAGAACCUUUGAGGAGCGUCGCGGACCGCAAAGACGUCCAGCAGCUCGGAGGGAGCGCCGCUUUGGAGCCGGUGGCUCCACCCCCCGUCGACAUGAAAGAGGAGGAGGAGGAGGAGGAGGCUGAUGCCGGCACAUUCCCCCUGACCGUCGUCGUGGUGAAGAGUGAAGAUGAUGAAGAUGAACGACCCGAGUGGUCGCAGUUUCGUGAUGGCAGUCCACGUGGAGACCAGUGUGGGGGGGGGCCGCUUUCAGACAAGCUCUUAGCGCCCCUGUCAGACAGUGACGACCCAGAAGAAACUUGGAGGAGCGGCGCAGAGCGUCCAAGUGACGACCGGCACUCGAAAGGCUCUGAAAAGCGGACGACUCCUGGCAAGCAGGAAACUGCCCCAAGGUGCAAAAAGCGCGUCACCUGCUCGGUCUGCGGAAAAGCUUUUGCCAAACAGUAUCUGAUUAGACACAUGAGAACGCACACGGGGGAGAAACCCUACGGUUGCUCGACCUGCGGUAAAACCUUCUCCCAAAAGCCGCACCUGGACUCUCACGGGAGAACGCACACAGGAGAGAAACCCUUUCGUUGCUCACUCUGCGGCACCACCUUCUCGCGCAAGGAACACGUGGAGUCGCACAUGAAGACGCACGGCAGAGAAAAGCCCUUUAGUUGCGCCACCUGCGGUAAAACCUUCUCCCACAAGCCGUAUCUGAUAUCGCACGCCAAAACACACACGGGGGAAAAAGCCUUCAGCUGCUCGCUGUGCGCCAAAACCUUCUCUCACAAGUCGCACGUGGCGUCGCACAUGAGAACGCACACCGGAGAAAAACCGUUCCAGUGCUCACUGUGCGGUAAACGAUUUGCUCACAAGUCGCACGAGGUGAAACACGCCAGGACGCACACGGGGGAAAAACCCUUUCGUUGCUCACUUUGUGGCAAAACCUUCUCCCGCAAGGAUUACAUGAGCUCGCACCUGAGAGUGCACACGGGAGAGAAACCUUACGCCUGCUCGCUGUGUCACAAAGCCUUCUCCCUCAAGUCGCACUUGGUCACACACACGCGAACGCACACGGGAGAAAAACCUUACGGCUGCUCCAUUUGCGGCGAACGCUACGCUCACAAGAACAGCUUGACCGUGCACGCGCGGACGCACAAGAAGGGACAGUGGCCGGAGACCGGCAAAGCUCUGUUCAGGGAGUCCGGCGGUUUCCUUUUCAGGACAGGGGAAGCCAGAGAGAAAGCGCGCGGUAAGACACGCAUUGGAGCAACUUCUGCUCAAGACUGUGGCGCGUGCCGUGACGACCAUGAAGCUUUUUUUGUGAAAUGCACACGAUGGAAAAUACUCACUUAUCUGCCGGUGGAAAUGUUCAACUUGUUUGGCUUACACUCCGGUCCGGUAGGUGGCGCCCACGCGCUGUUUUGCAGACCACACACAAAAAGAGGAAGACGAAGGUUUAGCCUAGCUGCUAACGCAGAAGCGACGACGAGGAGCGAAGCGAUUUCCUUUGAACGGUCUUCCAGCAUCAAAAUGUUGAGAGAGUUGGUGAGGGAGCGACUGCUCGCGGCCGCCGACGACAUCUUCGGCCUGUUCCAAAGUACGAUCGCGUCGUACGAGGAGCAACUUUGUCGCGCCAGGGAGGAGAGCGAGCGCCGCCGACGACAACUGGAAGCCGUUCGCGAGACUCCGGUUGGGAUCCGCGGCGAAGAUGUCAAGGCCGACGAUCCACAGCCGACCCGCCUGAAAGAGGUCAAGGAGAGGCCUCUCCGUGUUAAAGAGGAAGCGGAGGAGGCUGACGUCUGCAAGUUUGCGCUUCCUGCCCUCUUUGCGCCGACUGAAGACGGCGGCCGCGGCGAUAACAACAGAGCACCCGAGUCGUCGCUGCUUGCUCAUCGGCCUCCGAGUGAAGGGGCCCGCCGUGAAGGAACACCGGCGGACCCGCACGAGCAUUUAGCUGGCCGUGGUGACAACAAACCCUCCAGAAAGAGGACUCUUGGCCACAAGGAAACUUCCGAAACGUGCCAACGACAUUUUAUCUGCUCCGUUUGUGGGAAAAGUUUUGCUAAAAAAUCAAUACUGAUUCGACACUUGAGGACACACACUGGAGAAAAACCCUUCCACUGCUCACUUUGCGGGAAAAGAUUCACUCAAAAGCCCAGCAUGAUUUCGCACAUGAGGACACACACUGGAGAAAAACCCUUUGGCUGCUCAUUUUGCGGGAAGGGCUUUACCCAAAAGCCCAGCAUGGUGUCACACAUGAGAAUACACACAGACGACCAGCAGCACGGGGAGAGCUCCAAUUUGGAGUAUCCGCAGCCCCCCCGCAUGAAGGAGGAAGAGGAAGAGGCCCACGUCAGCAAGUUGCCACUGGCCGCUGCCCGUGCGGAGAGUGACGCUAGCGAAUACAAACCACCCAAGUCAUCCCAGGUUCAUCAUCAGAGUCCAAGUGGAGACCACUGUGGAGCACCACUACCAGAUGACCUUUUAGCCCCGCUGUCAGAUUGCGACGGCACAGACGAAUCUUUGAGGAGCCUUGAUAUCCAACCGCAAUGGGGGUGCUCCAGUGCGGAGCCGGAGCAUCCGCAGCCCCUCAGCUUUGUCGGGGAAGAAGAGAACCCACAGCCCGUCUCCACGAAAGAGGACGCGAGGGAUCUCCAGCACCCCCGCGUGAAGGAGGAAGACAUCGUCGCGUUUGCCCUGCCUGACGAGACCGGGGAGGAUGAAGGCAAGCCACCCAAGAGGUUGACGCUCCGUCGUCACGGCCUGAGUGGCGACGACAGCGGUGGAGCGCCGGCACACCACCUCGUUGCGCCGCGCUUCGAAGAGCCUCCGAGGAGCCACGCGUCCCGCCAAGCUUCCAAGUCGUCGUCAAUUCCGCCGCAAGGUGGCGGCCGUUCGACGUCCGGGCGCCUUGCCGCCGUGAGCGCGUCGUCGAGGAAGAAACCAGCUGGCGGGCCCGAGCGUGUCGAGCCGCGCUUCAACUGGACAUCAUCCCCGGCGCGAGGGGCGAGGAGCGAAUUGUCUGCUUGCACCCGUUACAGCGUCGGGAUGUUGCAAGAGUUGAUAAGGGAGCGACUGAUUACGGCCGCCGACGAAAUCUUCGGACUGUUUGCGAGAACCAUUUCGUCGUACGAGGAGCAACUUGGUCGAGCGAGAGAGGAGGCCGAGCGACACCGUCGGCAACUGAAAGCCCUUUACAACGCUCCGACUGUGCGACGAGUCCAAGACGUCCAACAGCGCGGAGGGAGCUCCGGUUUGGAGGAGGAGGAUCAACAGCCCUCACACUCGAAAGAGGAAACGGAGCGUCCACGCCGCCUCGUCAUUAAGGAGGAAGAGGAGGAGGUUGAUGUCAACAACUUUCCACUGACCGCUGUCUUGGAGGGGAGCGAAGCCGACAAACAACCCGAGUGGUCAAAAUGUCUUUGUUACAGUCCGGGACCACCGCCGCACAAUUUUUUAGCUCCUCUGUCAGACAGUGACGACACGGAAGGUCCUUUGAGGAGCGCCGCAGAUUGUGAUGGCGCCAACAAACAUUUGACUUAUUUUCAAAAGAAGACAACUCUUGGCAACAAGGGAACUUCACAAACACGUAAAAAAAGUUUUAUCUGCUCUGUUUGCGGAAAACAUUUGGCUAACAAUUCGGUAUUGAUUAUACACAUGAGAAAACACACCGGAGAAAAACCCUUUCUUUGCUCAGUUUGUGGUAAAGCUUUCGUUCAAAAGUCCCAUCUUGCAUCACACAUGAUAACACACACAGGAGAAAAACCUUUUAGUUGUUCAGUUUGUGGUUUAAGGUUUAGUUAUAAAUGCAAUUUGAAUACACAUAAGCGAAAGCACAAACGGUGUCGAAACGCAGGGACAAAAAACAUUAAAAUGUUGAAAGAGUUGGUGAGGGAGCGACUAAUUGCGGCCGCCGAAGAGAUCUUCGUGCUUUUCCAAACAACCAUGGCGUCGUACGAGGAGCAACUUGGUCGAGCCAGAGAAGAGAACGCCCGACAACAACGACAACUGGAGGCUGCCCAGGCGGUGCUGCGCAUCCAAGACGGCCAGCAGCUAAUGGGCCAAGUACACCAACAAGAAGUUCCACAGUUUGGGAGUUCCCGUGUGGCGCGGUCGCCGUCUUACGUCAAAGGCGAAGCGGCAGGACUGCAGCCCUUCCACAUUAAGGAUGAGGAAGGGGAGACUGACGGCAGCCAUUUGCCUCUGACCACCAUUUCCGUAAAGAGCGAAGACGACGAGGAGCCGCCUGAGUCCAAUCACGGCAGCAGCGGCGACGAGGCCGACGGCCACGCCGAAGAGCCUUUGACGACGCCCUCGGGCCGCCAAGGUGACGGCACGAACGCCAGCGUCGGCCCCUUCGCUUGCUCAGUUUGCGAUCGAAUCUUCCCGUGUCAGGGUAGUUUGGACGUCCAUGCGUUGAGCCACGCCGGAGGGAAAGCCUUUCCCUGCUCCGUUUGCGGUAAAAACUUCUCCAAAAAGUCCAACUUGGUGUCGCACGUGAGGAUCCACACGGGGGAGAAACCCUUCAGCUGCUCGGCGUGCGGCAAAGGCUUCGCCCAGAAGAUCUCGCUGGUGGCGCACGAGAGGACGCACACGGGGGAGAAGCCCUUCACCUGCUCCGUGUGCGCAAAGUCCUUCUUCCACAAGCCCAACAUGGUGGCGCACCGGAAGACGCACACGGGGGAAAAACCCUACGGCUGCUCCGUGUGCGGCGCCACCUUCUUCCGCAAGGAGAGCAUGGCGUCGCACGCCCGGACGCACACGGGGGAGAAGCCCUUCGCCUGCCCGCUGUGCGGGAAGAGCUUCUCGCACAAGCCCAACAUGGUGGCGCACCGGAAGACGCACACGGGGGAGAAACCCUUCGCGUGCGGCGUUUGUGCCAAGACGUUCACGCACAAGGCCAACAUGGCGCUGCACAUGAGGACGCACAGCGGGGAGAAGCCCUUCGCUUGCUCGCUUUGCGGGAAACGCUUCACGCAAAAGGCGCACAUGGAGUCGCACUCGAGGACGCACGCGGGGGAGAAGGCGUUGGCGUGCUCGCUUUGCAGCGAAAGCUUCGUUCACCCCAGCCAUUUGAGCGCACACUUGAGGACGCACGGUGGGCAAUAAUCAUCCCCGUGUGCCGGCAACUGACCAGUAAUGGUACAGAAAAGUGCGAUUUUUGUCCCUGCAAAGGGAAUCCAGACAAAGGUACAGUAUACAUGUGUGAAGAUCAAUGCUGAAAGCGUCUGCAGAGACUCGAGAUCGACGUAGGACUGAAAUGCUGUUAGUCUGGCGUCGAAUUGUUUAUUUAUUUAUUUUUUGUGCGGGGGGUCGCGUGUAAAUUGGGCAGGGUUGUUGUUAACACGCUUGUUUGUGGUGGAGGGCUGAGCAAUGGCGAGAAAUAGAAUGACGGCUGGCAGCCGCUUCGCUGUACCAACAAAAUAAGACGACAGCCGGCUCACUUUCAGAACUUGCAAAACCAAAGGCGCUCUGUCAAGGCUUUUCGACGCCCCGUCGACCUCCGUGUGUAUUUUUGGGGCUACGUGCGGGCCCCUCACGGUCCCCGUUAGCUGCUAUCGGCUCUCGAUCCUCUGGCCAUCGAUGCAUUUCUUGCUUGCUUUGUGACCAGUUGACAAGUGAGGAGAAGAGCAUAAAAUGAGGAGAAUCAAUUCACAAAAAACAUUAAAGAAUCUAGUCAUACUUAGAAGAAUUUCAAAUGAGUUGAGAGAAUGAAGUUACCCUACCGAAGAAGUUUGAAUACGACUGUUAUUUAUUUCAGUGAGAUCCGGUCGGAAAUUUGCAAAGUUGUAUUGUCACAUCUUGUUCGAUGAAAAAAAA